AGAUAGAGGUAGCGAGGUAGAGAAAGUUACAGAGGAAGGGAACUCAGAGCCCCCACACAAGUGAAGGCGUAGUCAUCCAUGAUCGAGUGAUGAAAGCGGAGGAUUCGUAAAAGACAAUGUUGGAAAUACGCGCAGAGAUCGCAUGAGGAUUUCAGUGCUGGAAGUCAGUAGAAGUAAGUUGAAUGCAAUGCCUGAGGGUUUGAUUUCUACAUUUCAAACAUUUCUUGGAAACCAACGAUGUUUUCAACAAAAACGAAGUUCCGAAGAAGUCAUACUGCGACGUUAACUCUUUCCUUCUCCGCAGAAGCCAGACCUGCGGGAAUUCUCCAGUACUUUGAACACGCACGGCCAUUUCUCCUUUAAGAUUACGCCCAGGCAGCCGGAGCCAAGCACGGAAAAAGACAUUGUGUGAAAGCGAUAAGUAGCUUUUGCAGGGAAUUGCCUUGGACAUGUCAACAUGAACUUGGAAGUUGAAGGUCAGCUGGUUGAGCGCCCAUGGCCAGGUCACUCAGCCCUUCUGAAUGGGGGCGGGGCAGCGGGCUCCACAUGUUUGGAACCCAGUGAACAGAACGGCUGCUGGUUCAAUCAGGAGCCGCGCCCCAUAUUGUGAUGUGACCGGAAGGGGGCGGGGUGUGGGGUAUGUAUCCAAGAAUUGGUUACAGUUGUAAGAAGAUUGGGGAGAGGCAGCAGAGAUUGGCGUAGUGUGACUGUACCAGUAUCAACUUUAAACCUGGUCUGUGAUUAAUCUCGUCUUCAAAAUUCAGCAGUUUCGCGCACCGACCAAAAUAAAACAGACUUUCUUUUAAUGGGGUAAACUUAAAUCUUCCUACUGUCUCUCAUUUUAGGGAUGCCAAAAGAGAUAGGUUUGUCAAAAUUCAACCGUUUUGCAUCUUUUUUUGCCAAUGCAAGCGAUUAAUUUUUAAAUUUUACAGUUUCGGUCAUCUGAUACUUUUUUAGAAAAAGAGGAUUGAAACCUUUGCCGCGUGUGAUCUCUGGAACAGGGAAACGUGGUUUGAUAUUUUAAUACACGCCACGUGUUUGUCAUAUUUGUAUAAGGAAAAUACUUCGGUCUUUAAUGCUGGAAACAGAUCGUCCCUCCUAAAAGUCUGCUGUUAAGUUGAAAGCCAAAGCAAGAUUUGAGCAACCUGCGGGAAGUUUACUGAUAAAUUUGCUUGUGGAACUAUGUCAGCAGUUGCUUAUGUCGAAUAUUUGGCCGCCGAAUGUUUGGUUUCCAUCUCCAAUCGCCCUAUCGUGCAUCACUCUCCCGGACAGCAGUUGACUGAAGAGGAUAGGAGAGACCCCAUGGAGGACUGCAAGGACGGAGGGUCCCUCACCACCAUGGCCAGGAUCCUGGCCGAUCUCAGCAAGCGCCAACCGCUCUCCCAAUUCGGAUGCAGUCACAUUGAGGGCUGCGUUAAUUCGGAGGGAGAUGCGUGCAGCGUGCUCGAUGGCGGAGCCCAGCACUGGGACCCGCACCUUGACAAUGGAAUUGCGCCGGAGUUUGGACUCCUACAAUGCGGCGUAACGGGUGAGGUAAAGUCCUUUUCGGGCAAGAGACACGAGUGUCCCUUUACUGGAUGUGGAAAAGUGUACAGUAAGUCUUCGCACCUGAAGGCACAUUUUAGAACGCACACGGGGGAAAGGCCCUUUCCUUGCAUGUGGCCUGACUGCAGCAAAAGGUUUUCCCGUUCUGACGAACUCUCACGCCAUUACAGAACCCAUACCGGGGAGAAAAGGUUCAAAUGCCCCAUGUGUGACAAAUGCUUCAUGAGGAGUGAUCAUUUGACCAAGCAUGCCAGGCGGCAUCCUGGCUUUCAUUCCAGCAUGCUUCAAAAGCAGUCUAGGAGAAUUGGGCCACUUCGAUCAGCAGCCUCUGAAACAGCAAGAUAAAAGCCUAGUUUUUGGGAGGGAAGAGACAGCAGGCUGCUGAAGUCACUGCAUCAUUGCUAUGACAAUUUGUCUUUGCUGCUGUUAAAGUGUGCGGUUUGUAUUCUGCACUUUGGUGCUGUGGUCUCAAACGCCAGGGCACUUUCUGGUAGUGGGUCUCUGUUUGUUUGCUAAUGGAUCCAUGUUUGGCCAGCAAGUUUUGUUGUCACAGCCUUGCACUACAACAGGUUCUUGACAUAUCCAGUAAUUCUGGGUGCAAUUUGGAACGCAGUCUCCUAAACUAUGCAAUAACGACUCCUACACUGCUAUCCUCUCUGCUGGUGUAAAGGUUUACACAAUACUUUUUUUUCCCCUUAGCCGGACAGGGACUUGGUUUGUAUGUUUAGUGUAGUAAAAACAAGGCAGAAUUCAUUCCACUGGUGCUUGAAAUAAUGUGACUUUGAAUUUACACCAGCAACAGGCUAACAGCAAGAUUUACAAACUGAAUACUGCAGUGGCAGAUGUGACCAUCUAAAUGCUUUGUCCUAAUUGUGACUGGUGCUGUAUUUUAUAUGUUUAUCCAGGAGAUGGGGAAAGGGGUAGAAGAGAGAGCUUUCCUCAGCUUUGGCAAGAUAAUGUUUUAUGUUUUACAGUGCUAACUUUUUUUGAAGAACAAAUACUGGAAAAUACCACUCUAAACUAGAGCUAGCAAAAGUAUACCUUUACAUAUUACAAUGAUUGACCGUGCAAAGACAAAUUUGCCACAGCUCUACCAGAUCAUAGGACUGCUCUGCAAGACAGGGGAACUGGUGGUAGUUUAACUUGAGGGUGACCAAGCUUCAGGUGAGG